UAUCACACAAUUUAUCACACUUAUAUUAACCAUGUUAAAAAAUCUGGGGUAUGAAAAUACGGAAGCCAAUCCUCCCCCCAGAUCUGAAAACGUGGAAACCCAUGCCAAUUUAGAACCUAAAAACGCAGUAGCCAAAACCCAGAAUAUUGCCACAGAACAAUUUUUAAACGAUGGCCAAGACGACCAGAGCAUUUGCGAAGUAAUUCUUAGUGAUCAGGAAGACGAAAAGACAUCUGACAAUAUGUACUCCCCUUAA